AUGUCUGGGAAAAAUGAGACCGGAAAAAUCUGUCCCUUUGUUGCACCUGCCAACUGCUCAUCCGACUUAUGCCACAAUGGCGGCACAUGCGUUCCAUCGGAGCACAACGACAAUGAACAAGUUUGCGAGUGCCCGCCUGGAUUCACAGGAGCUAAAUGUCAAUAUGACAUCAACGAAUGCAUGGCAAACAAUGGUGGUUGUGAGCACGAAUGUGUGAAUACGAUUGGAACGUUCUACUGUCGAUGUUGGCCUGGAUUCGAGCUCGCCACUGAUGGAAACACUUGUACUGACAUCGACGAGUGCGCAACUGCAAAUGGAGGAUGUUCGGAGAGAUGUGUGAACACUGCAGGUGGAUUCAGAUGUGAUUGUCCAUCGGAUUUGUAUCUACAUUCGGAUGGGAGGACUUGUGGAAAAGUAACCUCCUGCUCCGUUGAUAAUGGUGGAUGUGAUCAUGAUUGUGAAGAUGAUGCCAAUGGCGAAUUCUAUCGAUGUAGAUGUCGUCCGGGAUUCAAGUUGUCUGAAAAUAAACGAUCGUGCCAGGCAAUCGACCCAUGCUUGGAUGAUAAUGGAAAAUGUCAGCAUCACUGUACAAAUAACAAUGGAAGGGUACAAUGUCAAUGCUAUCCAGGAUUCCAUUUGUCUUAUGAUAGGAGGUCGUGCGUUGACAUCGACGAGUGCUCCAAAGACAACGGAUGUGAGCACUACUGUGAGAACAUUAAAGGCACAUACCGAUGCAAAUGCCGGGAAGGAUACCAACUGGGACGUGAUGGUAGAACUUGUGAAGAAAUGUUGGGAGGGUGUCAAGUAGGAAAUGGAGGAUGUCAGCAUGAUUGUUACGAUCAACCCGAUGGAGGGCACGUUUGUAAAUGUAGACAGGGAUAUGUUCUAGCGGAUGAUCAAAAGUUGUGUCACGGUGAGUUAUGCUUAAAAGUGAUGGGACCGCAUUUUAAGCUAAUUUAUCUCGUUUUCUGUGAAAGAUAUCAAGAAGGUAAUUCAUGUCAGUGUAAGCCUGGAUUCAGGUUGAUGAUGGAUGGAAGAGGGUGUGAAGACAUUUCGGAAUGCUCCUCAAACAAUGGUGGUUGUGAGCAAAUCUGCUCUAAUCAAGAGGGCGGAUACAUGUGCUCUUGUGAGACUGGAUUCGAGUUAUCAGAGGACGGACACAGUUGUCAUGAUAUCAACGAGUGUCUUAUCAAUAAUGGAGGAUGCGCUCAAUUGUGCAAAAAUCGAAAGGGAAGUCGAAGAUGUCAAUGCUUUGCAGGCUACGUUUUGGCUCAUGAUGAGAAGUCGUGUGUUGCUGCUUCUGAAAGCGUGGAUAUUCUGAGUAACGACCUGGACGAAUUCACAAAACAAUUCGAUGUCGUGGAUUCUAUAGAUAAAGUUAUAUCAUCCAUAGAAAACUAUCCAGCUGAUGAACGCUACAAUACGAAGCCCCUAGUUUUUGGAAGGAGGAGGCAUGUGACAGCGGUCGAUUCCUUGCCUCCCCUUACUGACCAUCCAAAACAAUACAUUUCAGAAUGCCCCAAUGGAUUCUUCGGUUCCACAUGCCAACUAUCCUGUUCGGACUGCCAAAACGGUGGCAAGUGCUCGAUGCGUGGAGCAGGACUCUUAUCAAAAUGUGACUGUCCUUCUGGCUACACCGGAGAAAAGUGCGAACAAAUCUGUCCGAAUGGGUUAUGGGGUGUGGAUUGUGCUCACAAAUGUUCUUGUAAACUUUGUGACCCAACUACUGGUUCUUGUAGAUGUGAGGAUCCAGAGAGGUGUUCAGAUGGACCGUGUCCGGAUGGCUACUACGGGUCACAAUGCAAUCUAAAGUGUCGUAUGGACUGCCUAAACGGUAGAUGCGACCCCAUCUUUGGCUACUGUACCUGCCCAGAUGGUCUCUAUGGUCAAAAUUGUGAGAAGUCGUGUCCAAACUUUACAUUUGGAAAGAACUGUCGAUUCCCGUGUAAAUGUGCCAGAGAGCAUUCAGAAGGAUGUGAUGAGAUUACCGGAAAAUGCCGCUGCAAACCUGGCUACUACGGUCAUCAUUGUAAACGGAUGUGCUCUCCGGGACUCUAUGGUCCAGGAUGUGCUCGAAAGUGCUCGUGUCCUGCAGGAGUUAGAUGCGACCCAGUUACCGGAGAUUGCACCAAGAAAUGUCCAGCUGGGUAUCAAGGAAACCUUUGUGAUCAGCCAUGCCCAGCCGGUUACUUUGGAUACGAUUGUGACCGGAAAUGCCAAUGCGACGAUGUUGAAUCUUCACACCGUACCAAAGUCUGUCAUCAUGUGACUGGAACGUGCACAUGUCUUCCCGGAAAGACCGGACCACUUUGUGAUCAAUCUUGCGCCAUGAACACAUAUGGUCCAAAUUGUGCACAUACGUGCUCUUGUGUGAAUGGUGCUAAAUGUGACGAGAGGGAUGGAUCAUGUCAUUGUACACCUGGAUUCUAUGGAGCGACGUGUAGUGAAGUCUGUCCCACUGGCCGCUUUGGCAUCGACUGUAUGCAGCUCUGCAAGUGUCAAAACGGAGCCAUCUGUGAUCCCAAAGACGGAUCUUGCGAGUGCUCACCAGGAUGGAGUGGAAAGAAAUGCGAAAAAGCUUGUGCACUAGGAACAUUUGGCAAGGAUUGUUCCAGAAAAUGCGACUGUGCAGAUGGCAUGCACUGUGAUCCAUCCGACGGCGAAUGUAUCUGUCCGCCAGGGAAAAAGGGUCACAAGUGUGAGGAGACUUGUGAGCACGGACUGUUUGGCGCAGGUUGUAAAGGAAUUUGUUCGUGCCAGAAUAGAGGAGUCUGUGAUUCGAUUACGGGAUCUUGUGAGUGUCGAGCUGGAUGGAGAGGGAAGAAGUGUGAUCGGCCAUGUCCGGAUGGAAGAUUCGGAGAGGGUUGUAAUGCCAUUUGUGAUUGCACUACUUCAAACGACACCUCUACCUACAACCCAUUCGUCGCCCGUUGUGACCAUGUGACCGGAGAAUGUAGGUGUCCUGCUGGCUGGACAGGUCCAGACUGUCAAACAUCCUGUCCCCUGGGUCGCCACGGUGAAGGAUGCCGUCACUCUUGUCAAUGCUCAAAUGGAGCGUCCUGUGAUCGAGUAACAGGAUUCUGUGAUUGCCCAUCCGGCUUCAUGGGCAAAAAUUGUGAGAGCGAGUGUCCGGCAGGGUUAUGGGGAUCGAAUUGUAUGAAGCAUUGUUUGUGUAUGCAUGGUGGAGAGUGUAACAAGGAAACUGGAGAUUGUGAAUGUGUCGAUGGAUGGACAGGACCGUCAUGCGAGUUUUUAUGCCCAUUUGGCCAAUUUGGGCGUAACUGUGCCCAACGAUGCAAUUGUAAAAACGGAGCAAGUUGUGACCGGAAAACCGGUCGAUGCGAAUGUCUACCUGGCUGGAGUGGUGAACAUUGUGAGAAGGCUUGCGCCAGUGGUCACUAUGGAGCAAAAUGCGAGGAGACUUGUGAAUGUGAGAAUGGGGCGAUUUGUGAUCCAAUAAGUGGACAUUGCUCAUGCCAACCAGGAUGGAGGGGCAAGAAGUGCAAUCGACGUAAAAUGGAAAUGAAAGCUCUAUUCAAAAGUUUUGAUAUCAAACAUUUUUCAACUUAUUCAGACAAGAAAGCCUCUAUCAUUGAAAGAUUCAAUAGAACUCUUAAAGAGAAAAUGUGGAAAAUGUUCACUCAUCAAGGUAAUCAUAAGUGGACUGAUAUUUUAGAUAAAUUAGUUCAAGGAUACAAUAAUCAUUAUCACCGUAGCAUAAAAAUGACUCCCAUUGAAGCAUCCAAAAAAGAAAAUGAAGAUCAAGUACAUGAGAACCUGUUCCCCUCCUCGAAAGAAAUGUUUGAAAACUUCAAGUUCAAAAUAGAUGAUACAGUAAGAAUUACAAAGUACAAAGCAAUUUUUGAUAAAGGUUAUCUACCUAAUUGGAGUACAGAAAUAUUCAAAAUCACUCAAGUUCAUCCAGGGGAAGUCACAACGUACUCCAUUAAAGAUUUAGCAGAUGAAGAGAUUAAAGGGAAGUUUUAUGAAGAAGAACUUACACUGUUUAAUAAUGUCAAAGAAGAAUACAAAAUAGAAAAGAUACUGAAACGUAGAACUAGGAAAGGAGUAAAAGAAAUGUUUGUAAAAUGGUAUGAAUAUCCUGAGAAAUUUAAUUCAUGGAUCCAAGAUAACUAA